AUGGGUAUGUGGAGUGCACUGAGUGUGCUGCUCUUCAUCACACACAGCGUGUGUGAUUUACAGAAGUGCAUUUUAUCCAGAGAGGAAAGAUCCAAUGCGGUAGAUCUUUGUGUUUUUCUUAAGGGUUCUAAAUGUUCUAAGUAUACAGAUGAAAUUAAUAAUAAACAAAAUGACGUGUGUGUGUGUGUGUGUGUGUGUGUGUGUGUGUGUGUAGUGUGCAGCCAAACCAGCAUAAGAUGGUGCACAAUUUCAGUACAGGAGCAGGCCAAGUGCACUGCCAUGGCAACAGCGUUUAGCAGCGCCGCCAUCCAGCCUGAACUGCGCUGCGUACGCACGGAGUCGGUCAUGGAGUGUGCGCAAAAACUCAUGGUAAAUGAAGUUGAUGCAUUUUCUACCAGUGCCGAAAACGUCUAUGAGAUUGGAAAGCAUGCCACAUUCAAAAUUGCUGCAGCAGAGUCCAGUUCUGAUGGUGAAGGAACAUUAUAUUAUGCAGUUGCUGUUGUGAAAAAGACCAAUUCGUACAUUAGCAUCAACAAUCUAAAAGGGAAGAAGACAUGCCACGCUGAGCUUGGGCGUACAGCGAACAUGACCAUAGGCUAUUUGAUUGACAGUGGACGGAUGUCUGUUAUGGCCUGUAACGUGAUGCAAGGGGUCGCAGGAUACUUCAAUGCUAGCUGCAUUCCUGGAGUGGCAGACCAGGCUUCGUCUCUGUGCCAGCUUUGUGCCGGAGAUGAAACUGGAGGCCAUAAGUGUGAGGCCAGCAUCAAGGAGAGAUACUAUUCAUAUAAUGGAGCUUUCAGGUGCCUUGUUGAGGAUGCAGGAGAAGUAGCUUUUGUUAAGCACACCACAGUUGGUGACAACACUGAUGGAAAAGGGGACACAUGGGCAAAGGAUCUCAAGUCUACUGACUUCAACCUGCUGUGCCCAGAUGGAACCUUGGGUCUCAUCAAAGAUUACAGACGCUGCAAUCUUGCCCAAGUGCCAUCCAGAGGCAUUGUGGUCCACAGUGCCAUUGACAGCGCUAAGAUAUAUCACAUGCUUACAGAGGGACUGCGAAAGUCUGACUUUUCACUUUUCUCCUCGGUGGGCUUUCAUGGUGAAAACCUGUUGUUCAGUGACAGCUCUACGAAGUUUAUCCCUGCUGGAAGUGAUGACUACAUUCAUUGGAUGGGACAAAAAUACUAUAACAUUUUGAAAGCUAUGGACUGCUCAAGCUCUGAUGUUCCUGAGAUCCUGACCUGGUGUGUGCUGUCUUCUCGAGAGCAGCAGAAAUGCAUAGACAUGUCUCUAGCUUUCAAAAAUAAAGGACUCUCACCAAAUAUCCAGUGUUUAUUUGGAACAUCUGUGAAUGACUGCAUGGAGAAAAUACAGAACAAAAAGGCAGAUGCCAUCACGCUUGAUGGAGGCUACAUCUACACUGCAGGGAAAACAUAUGGCCUGGUGCCUGCUGUAGGAGAAAGCUACACAGGGGACACUGAUGGCAGCAGCUACUACGCUGUGGCUGUCUUAAAGAGAAGCAACAGACAAAUCCAGAGAUUCAAUGAUCUGAAGGGCCGGACAUCCUGUCACACAGGCUAUGGCAGGACUGCUGGCUGGAACAUUCCAGUAAGCGUGUUUAUUGAGAAAGGCCUGAUCAGACAACAGAAAUGCCAGUUUGCCCAAGCUGUUGGAGAUUUCUUCAAAGCAAGCUGUGUACCUGGUGCCAAUGAGCCUGGAUUUCCCAGCAACCUUUGCGCACAGUGUAACGGAGAUGCCAGUGGCCAGAACAAGUGUGUUAAAGGCAAGGAUCUGUUUGAUGGUUACAGUGGAGCCUUCAGGUGUCUGGUUCAGGGAGCAGGCGAGGUUGCAUUUGUGAAACAUUCCACAGUUUUCCAGAAUACUGAUGGCAAUGGUACAGAUCCCUGGGCCCUCAAGUUGAACUCGAGAGAUUUUGAACUGCUGUGUUCUCAAGAGUCUCGUGCUGACGUCAGUCAGUAUAAACACUGUCACCUUGCCCGUGUCCCUUCCCAUGCUGUGAUGGUCCGGCCCGACACCAACCCUCACAUCGUCUUUGGCCUUUUGGACAGAGCUCAGCAAUUCUUUGGGGUCAGCACCACCUCAGACUUCAAGAUGUUUGAUUCUAGCCAAUAUGAUGGAUCGGACCUGAUCUUCAAAGACUCCACAGUAAGCAUAAUUGGUGUCAGCGAGAAAAAAACCUAUGAGGAUUGGCUUGGCCAGAGCUACAUGGAUGCCCUCUUAGCCAUGGAGUGCACUGCCUCUUCAGCAGUGGUAUCUCCGACCUCUGUACUCCUGGUGAUCAGCUUGGCCGUGCUCUUUGCUCUUUUGGUCGUGUAGCAGGUCCGUCAGCUACCCCAAGCUUCAUCAGCUAUAUCUCCAUUUUAUCCUGAUCACUCAUAUGAUAUCUACGAUAUGCAAGCCUACUGUAGUAAAGCUACUGUAAACUAUAUCCACCAAUGACUUACACAUACAAUGAGUGUACACUUUGGUAUAGAUUGUUUUCACUAUUUAUCAAAACCAAUCACAUACUGUAAAUCACCUUUGCUUUUGAUGUAUAAAUUGUUCAUGAUAGAUGUACAUGUAUAUGUCUGUCCCAAAUGACAUGUUAAAUUAGCAUAUCAUUUACAUUUUUGUCCUGUGUUGCUGUUCUGCAGCAAUUACAUUUCUCAGUUUACUUUUUGUCCAAACAAGUUGGCAUUCUGCUGGCAGCCUUGGGAUCGGACAUUAGCAUAGAUCUUUAACUUCUGAGCUAUCACUGCUUACUUGGUUUAGUUGAUCUUUACAAUGAAAAAUGUCCGUACAAGUCACUGCAAUUUUUUUUUUCAGUGUGAUUCAUAAAGUAAAAGCUCUUGAAUGUUCAAAUGAUUUUAUGAGACUAGGGUCCCCAAACUUUUAGUGCAUUUUCUCUGACUCAUCUUGAUAGCAGUGAUUUCCAUUUUCACUGGAUUUCGCAAAUAUUUCUCACUGCACACACUUCUAUAGGCGUCAGAUACCUGAGGGCAACAGCCAUAUCCGUGUAUAUGCUUUGCCUGUUACAUAUUUAUUGACUUCAAUGUUCUGUAAAUGUCUCAUUUUUAAUCAUGUAUUUGAAGGCACAUGCUGUAUUAGGGGUGUCCACAUUCUAGCUGGAAUCGUUAGUUUCUUUUAUUUACGUCACUGAGUAUACACUUGUGUGUGACUUAUGAGUCGGAAAAGACUAAAUCGAUUCAUUUCAUUUUACCUUAUAUUUCUCCCAGUGAAAAAUGAUCAAGAUUAUAUUUUCCUCUUGUCAUUU